UCUCAGAGCGCUGGACCUGAGCAGUGGACACACAAGCCCUGACAACUCCAAGUUGCCAUGGACGCUGAAGGCCUGGCACUCCUGCUGCCCCCAACCACAUUGGCAGCCCUGGCGGACAGCUGGCUCCGGGAGGACUGCCCAGGCCUCAACUAUGCAGCCUGGGUCGCGGGGGCAGCCCCCUCGCAGGCUGCGCUGUGGGCCAAAUCCCCUGGGGUACUGGCAGGGCGGCCUUUCUUCGAUGCCAUCUUUGCCCAACUCAACUGUCAGGUCUCCUGGUUCCUCCCAGAGGGAUCAAAGCUGGUGCCGGUGGCCAAAGUGGCUGAGGUCCGGGGCCCUGCCCACUCCCUGCUGCUGGGGGAACGGGUGGCCCUUAACACGCUGGCCCGCUGCAGUGGUGUGGCCAGCGCUGCUACAGCUGCUGUAGAGGCCGCCAGGGGGACCGGCUGGACCGGGCACGUGGCUGGCACGAGGAAGACCACGCCAGGCUUCCGGCUGGUGGAGAAGUACGGGCUCCUCGUGGGUGGGGCCGCUGCGCACCGCUAUGACCUAGGAGGGCUGGUGAUGGUGAAGGACAACCACAUCAUGGCAGCCGGUGGUGUGGAGAAGGCGGUGCGGGGCGCCCGGCAGGCGGCCGACUUCGUGCUGAAGGUGGAGGUGGAGUGCAGCAGCCUGCAAGAUGCGCUGCAGGCGGCCGAGGCAGGAGCCGACCUCAUCCUGCUGGACAACUUCAGGCCGGAGGAGCUGCAUGCCACGGCUGCUGCGCUGAAGGCCCGGUUCCCAGGCGUAGCUGUGGAAGCCAGUGGAGGCGUCACGCUGGGCAACCUCCCUCAGUUCUGUGGGCCCCACAUUGAUGUCAUCUCUUUGGGGAUGCUGACCCAGGCUGCCCCGGCCGUUGAUUUCUCCCUCAAGCUGUUUGCUGAAGUGCCCCAUGCUCCCCGGUCCUAAGGCUGAAGAGGAUGACACUGGCAGUGGGUUAACGUGGCUUGCUGGCACCCUCGAGGUCACUGGCCAGCAGGGCACACUUGGUGUUACCCUGGGCUCAACUCCAGCUCUUCCACCUACUGUUCGUGUGACCUGGCAGGGCUGACUUCACCUCUGCUCACCUCAGUUUCCUAAUCUGCAAAAUGGGACUAAUAAAUGAUUAACCUCAUAGGGUUUUUGGAGUGGUAACUAA